UGUGAGUUGUGAGCGCCAAAUUCCGUCCAAAGGGACAAAAAAAAUCCCUAGUUUUCCUUUACUCGACAGCCGCUGCUGCUUCUGCAUCUCCUCACGCUGGCAGGCCGCCGUUGAGCACUCGCCAGUCGCCACCGGACACCGUAGUUGAAGAAGCAAUACCAGUUCCUCCACCGUACGCUACCUCGGUUCAAUUGCCUCUGUUAGAGCUGGAAGAUUGCUCAGAGAGUACACCUUCUUUGCUGUAAAAAAAGGGGAACUCUCAGGCCAUGAUCUUGUGAUAUCAGUGAAGAACAAUACUACCAGUCAAAACCCUUAACUCCGAGCCCCAGUUAUUUGUGUACAUUUGUUAUUUAAUCCAUCUUCUUUUGGAGUUUGAGAACAAGUAUGCGCGCAUUGGCCCUUUUGGGCCAGCGCAUGUUCUUUCAAGUUAUUGCUCAAACAACUUGCAUUAUUCGCCUACCCCUCUGCAGUGCUCCGUACUGUUCCGGCCUUUUCUAUGCUAAAGCAACUGAUGUUUCCUCGGCAAAAGUCUUGGAGGCAGAAGCUCAAGAAGAGCAACCACCAAACUCUCUAUCCUUAAGAAUAGAGAAGCUCCCAAGAGGAGUGCCUGUUGGAUCUGCCUUCCAAAGCUGGAUGGGUGAGGGGUUCCCAGUUCAUAGGGGAGAUAUCUUUCAUGCAAUGAAUCGGCUCAGGAAGUGUAAUAUGAACAAACGUGCGGUUGAGGUGAUGGAAUGGGUAAUCAGGGAAAGACCAUACAGGCCAAAGGAACUCGACUACUCUUAUCUCCUGGAGUUCACGUGCAAGCUUCAUGGGGUACCUCAUGCCGAGAACCUCUUCUCUCGUGUCCCACCCGAGUUCCAGAACGAGUUGCUCUACAACAACCUCGUAAUCUCCUGCUUGGACAAAGGAGUCCUGAGGCUCUCCCUCGAUUACAUGAAGAAGAUGAGGGAAUUAGGGCACCAAAUCUCGUACUUAGUCUUCAAUCGCCUGAUCAUUCUCCACUCUUCCCCUGGCCGCAGGAAAUUACUCCCUAAACUCAUGUCCCAAAUGAGGGCCGACAAGGUGGCACCACACGCCUCCACAUACAACAUUCUGAUGAAGAUCCAAGCUAGUGAGCACAACAUAGAAGGCCUGUUGAAGGUAUUUGCUGACAUGAAACGAUCACAAGUAGAGCCGAAUGAGAUCUCAUUCUGCAUAUUAGCCACUGCUCAUGCUACAGCAAGACUGUACACUGCUGCUGAAGAGUACGUCGAAGCAGUGGAAAAGUCUCAUACAGGGAAGAAUUUGUCAACGCUGGAUGUUUUGAUCAUGUUGUAUGGUUAUUUGGGGAAGGAGAAGGAUCUCGAGAGAAUAUGGGGAAUUAAACAAAACCUCCCUCGUGCUAGACCCAAGAGUUAUGUCCUAGCAAUUGAAGCCUUUGGCCGAAUUGGGUCAAUUGGUCGAGCAGAGGGGCUCUGGUUAGAGAUGAAGUCACGACAGGACCUCAGUUCGACCGAGCAAUUCAAUUCGAUCUUAUCUGUGUACUGCAGACACGGGCACGUCAAAAGGGCCACUGCCAUUUUCAGAGAAAUGGAGGCUAGCGAUGGCUGCAAACCGAAUGCAAUAACUUUCCGACAUCUCGGGUUGGGUUGUUUGAAAGCCGGGUUGGUCGAGGAAGCCUUGAAGACUCUUGAGAUGGGGUCGAAGAUGAGAGCGACUAGCGGAGUCAGGAACUCGACACCAUGGCUGGAAACGACCCUUGCUCUCGUGGAGGCUUUCGCGGAGAAGGGUGAUGUGGUGAAUGCCGAGAAGUUGUUUGGGGAGCUUGGAAAGGCCAAGUAUAUAAGGUAUACUUUUGUGUAUAAUACUCUGAUAAAGGCUUAUGUGAAGGCCAGAAUGUAUGAUCCGAAUCUGUUGAGGAGGAUGAUUUUAGGAGGUGCUAGGCCUGAUGCUGAGACCUAUAGCUUAUUGAAACUUGCGGAGCAGUUUAGUAGUGGCUAGUAACUGAGCUCUAGCCAUUAUGGCGGCUCUGUUGUAUUUGUAACAUUGUAUUAUUUUUCCAUGUCAUUGAGAUGGGUUCUAUCUUCUCUCACUACUGCAGUAAAU